UUUGUAUGCACUUGGUCUGUGGGUGUGUUUUAUCUUCUUCUUCUUCUUCAACCCGACCAAAAUAUACACAUCCGACGAGGAAAAGGAGUCCCGACAAAUUGAAGCAUUGAAGGAGUUCCUCAUUUGUCUCUCAUAUAUCUCUGGAGAGAAGAGAAUAUCGAAAUUGAUAUCAAAUCGAGAAGAUACUGUAGGAGAUAUGAGUUCGUCUCUUCCUCUGAGGCUACUUCUGCCUCUUACUACUUUGUCUCCUCCUUCAGAUUCUCUUGCUCCUUCGCCGCUCCGAUCGCAAAAUCCUUACUUCAAUCGCCGAUCCUCUUCUUCUGCGACCUCUUGUUCUUCCCAGUCGCAGCUUUUCCCUGCGCGGAUACACAGAUUCAGAUCCUCUCUUCCCAUGUGCUUACCUGAACACACGAGAGAUCAAGACAACACAGAUAUAUGGAGUGAAAAAGAUGACUGUAUCAAAUGUGUGCUUGAAUCGGAUGAAGAUUCCGGGCUGAGGAUUCCAACUCAGGCGCAGGCUAUUGUUGAAGGAUCUGGUUCAGUUGCAGUUUCGGAGCUAAAACCCGCCGCUGAUGUAGAUUACAUACAAGAGCUGUUGGCGAUACAGCAGCAAGGGCCUAGAUCAAUUGGCUUCUUUGGGACAAGAAAUAUGGGUUUCAUGCAUCAAGAACUGAUUGAGAUACUUAGCUACGCUAUGGUUAUAACGAAAAAUCAUAUAUACACUUCAGGUGCAUCUGGAACUAAUGCGGCAGUUAUCAGAGGUGCACUGAGAGCAGAGAGACCAGAGCUUCUUACAGUAAUCUUACCCCAAAGUUUGAAAAAGCAACCUCCUGAGAGCCAGGAACUGUUGUCAAAAGUACAAAACGUGGUAGAAAAACCACACAACGACCAUUUGCCAUUGUUAGAAGCCAGCAGGCUGUGUAAUAUGGACAUCAUAUCACAAGUACAGCAAGUGAUCUGCUUCGCGUUUCAUGACAGUAAGCUUCUUAUGGAGACUUGUCAAGAAGCUAAAAAUCUACGCAAGAUCGUCACUCUCUUCUACCUAGAUUGAUUCUCCCCACUCUCUUUAUCUCCUUCUCGUUACAAAACAGAGAAGAUAAGCCUCUCGUUGUAAAUUAUGACUGGUGAUCACACAUAACAUACACAACCAAACCAAUUAUAUUCUUUUGUCUAAAUUUUGAUACCCAUGAUCAGUACGAUUCGAUAGGAUUAUUUGUCAACUAUGUAUACGAUCACAUCGGUUACAAAAUUGUUCUUUGCAUC